AUAGAAGAAACGAAUUUUGGCAUUUGCGAUUGCUGCAAGUGAUAAAUUACUAAUGGAUAUGUUAUUAAAUAUGGAAAGUGAAGAUAAUGAUAGUGAUAAUAAUGACGACGAGCAAAUACAAUUGGAAUUGAGAAGACGAAUAAAUGUAAACGUGGUCAGCAAGUAAAACCGUGCAGGAUAAAAGGUUUUGUGGAAGAAAUAAUACCACGUUUAUCACAUAAUCAGUUUCGUGAACAUUUUCGGAUGCUGCCAGAGACAUACGUAUUGCUUGAGCGAAGACUUGCAAUUUUUUUGUCGAAUCAAAACAAUGGUAGGCCAAGUUUCAGUUCGUAAACAGCUUUUGGGUACUCUGUGCUUGCUUGCAACUUCAGAUUCUUAUAGAUCUGUUGGAGAACGAUUUGAUAUUGCUAAGAGUUCAUUAUGUGUCAACUUUAUGAGAAUUGUAGAAGCUCUAAAUGAUAUUGCUGGAGAUGUAAUUGAAUGGCCACGAGGUGAGAAAGCAACUCAUGUAAAACAACAAUUCCAGCAGAUUGCUGGGCUGCCAAAUGUGCUUGGAGCAAUAGAUGGAUCAUACAUUGAGAUAAAGGCUCCAAAGACUGUUUUGCAGGCUAUGCAUCAUCAGUGAAUGACAUUCGAAUCUUUAGAAACUUUGAUUUGUGGAGAGAAGUUCAAAAUAAUUACCAAUAUUAUUUUCCAGCGGAAGAAUUUAUAAUUGGAGAUAAAGCUUACCCUAUGCUUACUGCUUACAUGAUAUAUUCCUUCGUAACUAUGGGAAUAUGACAGAGGUCCAGAUAAAUUUCAAUAAUGUUCAUGCUCAAACAAGACAGGUUAUUGAGAGAGCAUUUGCUUUGCUAAAAGGAAGAUUUAGAAGGUUAAAAUUCCUGGACAUGAAUCGGGAUGACAUGAUUCCAUACGUUAUCAUAGUGUCUUGUGUUCUUCAUAACAUCUGCUUUGAUGUAGUUGAUGAUAUAAAAGAUUUUAUACUUGAAGAUUGGGAAGGUGAGAGAAGUGCUUCCUGAAGCUAAUUUAAUAAUGGAUGAACCAAUAAUGAGACCUGUGAUAAAUGAGGAUGCUGGUUGUUCGGAAAGUUCGUUUCAAAUUUCGCGUGCUCCACAUUUCUAUGUAAUCAGUAAGAACGAGGGCGCUCUAAACGAUUUUAUGUUUGUCAACAAACAUUCCCGGAUCUAUGAGCCCGCUAAGGAAACUUCGCAGAUCUUCCUAAGUGCAACUAUUUCGUCAGAAAUCAGUUUGAAAAAUGGAGAACCAAAAAGUCAAUUUUCGUCAUGUAAUACUAUAUUGCUUUAAAUGUGGCUUCACGGCUUCGCAGACCCUGAAUGAGAUGUUCUCAGUAUAUGGAGAUGCCUGCGUCACUCACCAGACAGUUCGAAAAUGGUAUCGAAGAUUCGAAGCUGGCGAUU